AUGGGAGGUAUUGGUAAGACCACUCUCGCUAAAAGUCUCUUUGAAGAUUCAUUUGUUGUCGACCACUUUGAUUUACGCAUCUGGCUUACUAUAUCUGAACAAUAUAGUGCUGAACAAAUCCUUAAAGUUGGUCUUGAAGGAAAGACAGCAGGAGAAAACGAAAUAUGCGAAAGUUUAGAUGAGUUGGGAACUAGAUUCUACCAAAAAUUAUUCGGUAGAAGGUACUUGAUUGUUAUGGAUGACAUGUGGUCAACUGAAGCUUUGGAUGAUUUACGGAGGUAUUUUCCCGACAAUGACGAUGGAAGUCGUAUUUUGUUGAUGACUAGACUCUCAGGCAUGGCUACUUCUCUGGGUUCUCAUGAUCCCUAUCAUUUAACAUUUUUAAAUGAGAAUGAAAGUUGGAGGUUAUUAUGUCAAAAUACAUUUUCUCAAAAUGGUUGUCCAUACGGUCAUUUAGAGAAGUUUGCAAAGGACAUUGCAAAAGGUUGUAGAGAGCUUCCUUUGGAAAUUGUUGUUGUUGGUCGAAUGCUUGCCAAUUCUGACAUGACGGUGAAAUAUUGGGAGAAUGUUGUAAAUCAUAUUAGCUCACUUGCUAAUUUGGAAUAUGACAAGCAUUGUAGGAAAAUACUAUCUUUAAGUUAUGAGAGUUUACCUAUUCAUCUCAAACCAUAUUUUUUAUAUUUGAGAGUUUUUCCUGAAGAUGGCUUGAUUAAUCUCUCAAAGCUAAUAGGCUUUUGGAUUGCUGAAGGAUUCAUUAAAUCAAAGAAAUAUAGAAGUUUGGAAGAUAUUGCACGGGAGUAUGCAAAAAGUCUCAUUGACAGAAAUCUAAUGUUUGAACAGAAUGAAAAUGGAUGUGUCAUUCAUGAUCUUUUACGGGAUUUCUGUUUGAGAGAGUCUGACGAUGAAUGUUUUCUCAAAUUUCCCAGAAGGCGAAUUGUUUCAGGAAGGUUAAGAGUUGUGCACUGUAAUCUUUGUCAAGAAUUUCUCAAGGGGAAAGAAGGAAUGCAUAUAGUGCAACCAUUUUAUAUAUUUGGAUUAUCGUCACAAGUUAAUCCUCUUGCAUGCGAUGCUUUUGAAGAGUUACCUCCAGAGAUAUGGGAGAUGCCACAACUAAGAGAGAUUCGAUGUGAAUACCUUCAUCUAGCAGAUCCUAUAGCCACUGAUAUUGAGGGGGAAGAUUUUAUUAUCCUCAAGGACCUUCACACCAUAGAUGGAAUCUGUAAUUUCAAUUGUUCCAAACAAGUCAUUGAUCGGAUCCCAAAUUUGAAGAGAUUGAACGGGUCAGAGUGGGAGCCUGUUCAAGGGGGAUUUCGUCGCCUGAAAGAAUUGGACAUUAACAAUACUGAUUUAGUGUGUUGGAGAGCUGAAUCGAUGCACUUCCCUAUUCUUGAGAGGCUUCAACUUACUGAAUUACGUUUGUUGGAGGAGAUCCCUUCGGGCAUUGGAGAUAUACUAACAUUGAAAUCAAUUGGUGUGUGGUAUUGCAGUGAGUCUAUCAUUGAUUCGGCAAAGGAAAUAUGGGUGGAGCAACACGAGCUUGGAAAUGAGAUUAGAAUUGAUAUUACUGAUGGAGAACAUGGGGUCGAAUAUCAAAUUGGUACUUUCACUGCAAGAAUGACAGGGGCAGCUUGUCAAUCCUUGGCUUAUUCGAAACCUCUUAGGGAAAGACUCCAAGAGGUUGCUUGA